AUGGUGAACAACCGGACGUCCGAAGGCACCACCACGGCGGUCAGCAGCAACGGCUCCCCCCCGAAAGCCUGCGCCGGCUGCGGGGGGAAGAUCGCCGACCGCUUCCUCCUAUACUCCAUGGACCGGUAUUGGCACACCCGCUGCCUCAAGUGUUCGUGCUGCCCUCAGCUGGGAGAGAUUGGCACCUCGUGUUACACAAAGAGCGGCAUGAUCCUGUGCCGGAACGACUACAUCCGGUUAUUUGGGAGCAGCGGGGCGUGCAGCGCGUGCGGACAGUCCAUCCCGGCCAGCGAAAUGGUGAUGCGGGCGCAAGGCAGCGUAUAUCAUCUGAAGUGCUUCACAUGUGCCACGUGCAGAAACAGACUGGUACCAGGAGACAGGUUCCACUAUGUCAACGGCACCAUCUUCUGCGAACACGACCGGCCCUCGGGUCUCCUUAAUGGACACUUAAACCCUCUUCAGAAUAACCCCCUUCAGAGUAGCCCAAUGCUACCUGACCAGAAAGUCUGUUAGUCAGUCGGAGCCGCUUUCUCCUCCGUGCCUUCUGUUAAUAUUUCCUCGGAGACACAUUGUUGGCUUAUAGAAAUAUCUAUAAAUAUAAAUAUAUAUAUAUAAAUAUAUAUUAUAUACUCCUCUUCAAGUUUUUCGCUUGUUUUUUCGUCUGGUCUUCGCACACACGCAAACACAUCCGGCCUCGUCCAAAGGCGGCCGCGCCGGAUCCAAACCUGAGGAGGAUUAAGAACUUGUAAAUGACUUGUAAAAAGAAGAAUUAUUUUGCAAAAAGGAAACAGCCUGAAGACGACUUUUUUUUUGUUUUUUUUUCUGGUGAACAUUUAAAGGCAAAUGUUCAUUCUGUAUAUAGGACUUGUAAAUGCUUAUGACAUCACUGGUGACAUCACACACACGGACUGACCAAUCAGGAAGCAGCUGACAUCAUCGGGGGGGAAAAACACCAUAUUAAGUCACCGGAAGAAUUGGAAACUGGGUCUUCAAGGAUCAAGUUACAGAAUUGGGUUCCUCGGGGGCGGUCCUAGGGGGGGAAGGUGGGUUGGAUUGAUGGUGGUUCCCCAGAUUUUAUUAGAGAAUGUGAAUUAUAUGUUUUUUUGUCCCAAGGGGCAUCAAAAAUGUGUUUGUGCCAAAAACAUCCCCAUACAACUCCCAGCAUGCCCGCAAAGGCUGUCGGGGCAUGCUGGGAGUUGUAGUUUUACAACAGCUGGAGGCACCCUGGUUGGGAAACACUGCCCACCAUACCUCUUCUCUACAUAUACCCCCUUGCCUUUGCUUCCUAACCUUGUACAGCACUGCAUACACUGUUGGCACUCUAUAAAUAUUUUUGUAUCCUGGAGAUUUUGUUUUAUUUAUAGUGUUUUAUGGGUCAUUUUUGUUUGUUUUUUCUGGUUGAGCGCUGCACCGCAGAAGGUGUGGCGAUCGGGAAUGUUGGUAAAAAAGUGGAUAGGAUUAAAGAGAACUGAAAAGCG